CACCGGAUGGGGAAUUUCAUGCUGAGUAAUCAUCAAACCAGACGUGCCAAUCACAAUAUGGCCUCAUCAGAUUGCCGAACCUUCAUCAAUUGACUUCCCAUUACUUCGACACCCACUCAACGUACACUUUAGCUCUUCCAAAGCUUCACAACAAAUCGACAAGAUGGGUCUCGUCGACGCUCCCAACAAGGUUCCUCAGAACCAGCGCUUCUACCAGCAGGCCUACAAGGCUCACACUCGCCUUUGGCAGAUUGGCAGCCGUAGCCGCUGGAUGAUGACCCCCUACACUAUCCUCCUCUGGGGCUCCCUUGGCGCUACUCUGUGGUGCAGCGGACGCAAGGUGAUGGGCUACAACACCUGGUUCUCCAAGGAUUAAGCAAACAACCUGGAUCGGCGUGGCCCUGCGAGAGCUCGAUACGGUGCAAGAAGGACUCUAUAGACUGGCAUCGCAGUGCGCAGGCAUCUGCUCAGUAUGUACCCGAAUGCUCAACACUUCCCCUUUGUCAAGAUU